AUGCGUUCGCUACAGAAUGCUGCCCGCUCUGCGUCGCGCACGCUCAUGACUUCGCCAUGGCGACCGAGCGAGCCUCGCCUGAGUCUUGCCGGCAACCGGGCCCUGUCGGCGCAUUCACUGCACACGGUCCCUCCCCGCAAAGCCUCAUCGACGACCGCAGAACCCCGGGAGAACUCGUCCAACCCAGCAAUGUCGUUUCCCUGCCUUGAUGCCCAGGAAGCCAAAUCCGCGCUGCUUUCGGCUCGGUCGCUGCAGUCAGGUCCGGAACCCUCCUACACAACCGGCCAACAUGAGCGAUUCCAUUGCAAGGACCCGCUCCUGCUUGAUUGGGGUGGUGUGCUGCCAGAGUUCGACGUCGCCUAUGAAACAUGGGGCAAGUUGAAUGCCGAUAAGAGCAACGCAAUCCUCUUGCACACCGGCUUGUCGGCAUCCAGCCAUGCCCAUAGUACGCCGUCAAACCCCAAGCCCGGGUGGUGGGAAAAGUUCAUCGGCCCCGGUCUACCGUUGGAUACCGACAAGUACUUUGUCAUCUGCACUAACGUGCUUGGGGGAUGCUACGGCAGUACAGGGCCGUCAUCGAUGGACCCGUCAGACGGGAAGCGAUACGCGACCCGAUUCCCGAUUCUCACGCUAGACGAUAUGGUGCGAGCACAAUUCCGACUUCUAGAUGGGCUGGGCAUCCAGAAGCUGGCCGCAUCGGUUGGAUCUAGUAUGGGCGGUAUGCAGAGUCUGGCUGCGGGAGUGUUAUUCCCGACACGAGUGGGUAAAAUCGUCAGCAUUAGCGGUUGUGCCCGUAGCCAUCCAUACAGUAUUGCUAUGCGACACACGCAGCGGCAGGUGCUGAUGAUGGACCCGAAAUGGGCGCGCGGAUUUUACUACGAUGCCAUUCCACCGCAUUCGGGUAUGAAGCUUGCCCGCGAGAUCGCUACCGUCACCUACCGCAGCGGACCUGAGUGGGAGAAGCGGUUUGGCCGCCAGCGUGCCGACCCUAGCAAGCAACCGGCGUUAUGCGCCGACUUCCUUAUCGAGACCUAUCUUGACCACGCCGGCGAGAAGUUCUGUCUGGAGUAUGACCCGAACAGUCUACUCUAUGUCUCUAAGGCUAUGGACCUAUUCGAUCUCGGUCACGCCCACCAGACUGAGACACGCCGUCGCCGUGCCGAAUUCGAAACCCGUAUCGCCGACAGCGGGAUCGCUCCCCAAGUAUCCGAUCCUGCUUGUAGCUUAACCCUCCCCGAAAAGCCUUAUGAGGAGCAGCCCAGCGCAACCGCGUCUGUGCCUCCGCUCAACGAGUCCGUCUCAUCUGACGCUCCCGACGGCCCUCCGCGGGACCUUAUUACCGGCCUCGCCCCCCUCAAAGACCACCCGGUCCUCGUUAUGGGCGUCGCCAGUGAUAUCCUUUUCCCGGCCUGGCAGCAGCGCGAGAUCGCCAACACUCUACGUGCCGGCGGCAACCAAGCCGUCGAACACGUCGAGCUGGGUGAAGACCUCUCGUUAUUCGGUCAUGAUACCUUCCUCUUGGACUUGAAACACAUUGGUGGUGCCCUUGGCCGGUUCUUGCAGUAA